AGGGAUUAAAGAGGCACGGUGGCCUCCAGCGGCGACAUAUAAGUCCCAGGAACAGCCCCCACUUCGUGUCAAACGUUCCCGGUACGGCAAGCGCGCGGUAUACACCUACGAUCCACCUUUUAUCGGCACCGUUUCCUCUGCUCAGGCCCGCGAGUCUAGCUUUAUCGAGCUUCCAACAAGGUAGGAAGGCUCUGGAACAAGCGUACUGCUCUCUUCCAGCCAUCGAGCAACGAACGUGCCCUGCAGUGGAAGCUGGUGAAUAUCAGCGUGCCUGUAGAAUCGACGAGUCAACGCAAGCUUGAGACUACAGUUGCUUUCUGGCUCGUCCAGCGUGUAGUCCACUUCGCGACUACCCAGUCGCCACGUGACAGCUCCGAGCAGAUCUUAUUCUUCCGCACAAAAUCGAAGGAUCGUGAACGAAAUCGAAGAACCAUGAGGAUCACAAUUCUGGUGACCUUGGUUUUAAUGAGCCUGGCAGUGGCUUCGUCCCAGGACUACAGUCAGCUGUUCGCAGGAUUCGGGCCUUACCUGAGGCAAUCAGCGGUAAUGCGAGAUCCACGAUCGAACAGAGGUCCAGUGCUGUUCCCUCCGGGUCCCCCGCCAAAUAGCGCGGACACAAGCGGAGUGAUAGUAGGUGCGAGCGGAUACGGAUUCGUGCCACCCAACCAAGCUUUCUACAGGUACUUUUACUAUUAACGAUGGAUAAAGGAGGUAAUGCAGGUAAACAUAUCGCGAGAUUCGUGAUUACUGCGUCAUCAUCAACGAGGAAGUGGUAUGACAAGGAGUUCUCAAGAAAUUGACGAAUUCGUGGCAAGGAAUAAUUUAGGAACAAAUAAUAUUGCGUCCAAUUUUGUAUUAUAUCGUAUGCUUUAAUUAUUUUUAUGCUGCCUGGAGAGUUUCUAAACGUAUUUCUAACGACACUCAGGAGUAUCCUUAGCAGUAUUUGUACAAAGAAGUACACGUCUUAAACUAAUGUAUCGUUAACUUUUUAUACAAAUAGCGUCGAUGUAGCGAUUCGCAACAGUGGAAUCUCAAUUAUUUAAUCCAAAAUUUUGCUUCACGAUAGAAUCUCAAAGAGUAUUAACUGCGCUCAAAUUUAUAUAUUGUCGGAACAGAAUUGAAUGCUAGAAGGGUGACAUAAAAGUAAAGUAUUUAAUAGAAUAGGAAUAUUACAAUAAUUCGAUGAAAUUACGUUUAAAGUAAAUCUACCUUAAUCUCUUUCUUAAUAUGUAACGGAGAUUCCCCGGUUGUUAAUAUAACAAAAGUAUAAUAUCUAGAAUCGUUCGCUAAAAGUCGCGUACCUUUAUCAAUGUAGAAACGCAGUUUACGCUUCAAACAUUUACCGUUCGUCGUCGUCGAGAUUGCAGCCCCUACUCAAUUUCCUGUACAUAAACAAAGCAGAUAGAAAUCGAGAAGGCAAACAUCAAUCAUUCUGCGAGCACAUGCAAAGUAGCCCCUUAAAAGACGCGUGAAAUUAGCGUUGUAAAUAUACGUAACUUCCUUGUAACGCUGUUUCGUAUCGAUUUUAGUACACGAUACACAGCGCGAUCGAGUAGUUUCCAGGAUUUGGCCUACGCGAUUUCUCAAACGUGCUGUCGCGGUGCACGCAUGCCUGCCUCGCUUUAUUACGUCACAUCUCGAUCGAUCGGCCGAUUGUCGGCCGUGCAGCUCGGCUUAGUCAUAGGCUGCACUUGAAAUCGAAAUGCGCGAGGCACGUAAGCGGCACGCGAUGCAUGGGCGGGAAAAUUGCGGAUUGUUCCGUCGACUCGGAAUACCGUCCAUCGAUCACAGGCCAAUCUGGUUCGACCACCAGUCACGGUUGAUAAGCAUAAUCUUAGGUACAUAAAACUGUACAUAAUUCUUGGUCCAAUAAACUUAUUUUGUUGUUAACGAGAA